AGAAAACAAAAAACAAAAAAAUAAAAAUAAAUUUCUACAAGAAAUUUAGCAAAAAAAAAGUGCAACAAUUUAAAAAAAAUUACAAAAAAUCCCUUAAAAAAACAACUUCCCUGUACAAUUCCUCCCCUUCCCUUUAAAAACAAAAUCACAACAAAACCGUCCCUUUAACUAAAAAACAAACACAAAAAUCCUUUGUAUAAAAACAACAACAACAACAGAAAACCCACCUUAAUAUUAAUAAAAGCAAACAAAAACAGCAACUAAGCAAUAUCAAAAGCAAAAACAACAAAAACCCAAAUAAAUAUCUUUAAACAUAAAGAAUAGAGAGAAAGAGAGCAAAAAAGUUCUACUAACAAAAAAAAAGAGAAAAUAAUUGCAAACCAAAAAAACACACAGAGUGAGUGAGAGUGAGUGUGUGUAUGUGUGUGUAAAUUUAUGUUUUUGUUUUGCAACAAAAAUGUUAUUAAAAUGGAACAACAACAAGCGACGGCGUCGUUUAUAUCGUCGCUAAAUAUGUCACCAUUUUCAUUGCAAUUGGAACAGGAUCAGCCUUCCUCACCAGCUCUGGUAGCUGGUAAUAAUUCGAAUUCCAAUCAACAACAUCUAUUAAAUAAUAAUCAAAAUAAUAACAACAACAACAACAAUAAUAAUAACAAUAAUACGGAUAAUGAUUUAACUAAUGCCAAUGAUGAUUAUAGUUCUUAUACUUUACAUUUAACCAAUACAAGUCAUCAACAGCAACAGCAACAACAACAGCAGCAGCAACAACAACAUCAUCACCAGCAACAACAACAACAUCACUACCAUCAGCAACAACCUCAACACUACCAACAGCCACCUCAACAGCAGCAGCAACAGCAACAACAACAACAAAAUAUUGCCAAUAAUCCCAAUUUUCAAUAUUCCUACAUCUAUAACAUCGAUUCUCAAUAUAUUUUUCCCACAGGUUAUCAGGAUACCACCUCCUCCCAUUCACAACAGAGCGCCAAUGGCGGCAAUGGUCCUUCCUCAAAUCAAACCACCUCCAAUCCCUCAGCCGGCGUCUCCCUUAUAAAUGGGGUUGUCACUCUCAAUUCAGCCCAAAAUUCUGCCCUUAUCGGUAGUGCUGGUGGUGGCAGUAAUAAUGGCGGCUCUUCGGCUUCAUCAGCCUCAGGCACUUAUAUGUCCCUAUUGCCACCAAAUGUUGGUGCCACCAGCUCUUCCACCGGCCACUUAGUGGGUGGGGUUAAUGCUUUGGGCGGUGGCGGCGGUGGUGGUGGUACCAGUGCCUCUGCCACUGGCUCAACGCCUGAUGUUAUUGAUUUCAAACAUCUAUUCGAGGAACUGUGUCCUGUGUGUGGUGAUAAGGUCAGUGGCUAUCAUUAUGGUCUGCUGACGUGUGAAUCGUGUAAAGGUUUCUUUAAGCGUACAGUACAAAAUAAGAAAGUGUACACGUGUGUAGCGGAACGUUCGUGUCAUAUUGAUAAGACACAACGUAAGCGUUGUCCAUAUUGUCGUUUUCAAAAGUGUCUCGAAGUGGGCAUGAAAUUAGAAGGUGAGUACCUAUUUACAAAUUUAUCUUAUUUUUUAAUAUUAAGCCUUAUUUUGGGACUAAAUAUGGAGCCAAAUUAUUUUGACUAUAGUUUGUUUUGAGAUCAGAGAUAAUGAAUAAAGAUCGCUCAAUAAGUUUUCUUUAAAAUGUUAAUCUCUUGAUUAGUUUUCUUAAGAGUUUUGUUCCCUUCAUCAGUUUUCUUUAGAAUAUUAACCCCUAGAUCAGUUUUCUAUACCCUAAGGGAUCGCUCGAUCAGAUUUAUCUAAAAUACUGCUCACAUGAUCUCUUGAUCAGUUUUCUUUAGAAUAGUCAUCAUUCGAUCAGUUUUCUUAAUUAUCGCUCGAUAAUUUUUCUAUAGAAUAGUAACCCCUCGAUUAGUUUCCUAUACACUAAGGAUCGCCCGAUCAGAUUUCUAUAAAAUGCUGCUCUCUCAUUAAGUUUUUAGAGUAUUGAUUCCUCGAUCUGUUUUCCAUAGACUAGGGAUCUCAUAAUCAUUACUAUUCGAUCCGGUUUAUAGUAU